UGAUUUUUAUGUGAAAACUUAGAACUUUAAAUUGUCUAAAUAAAUAUACUGAUUUUAUAUAAAAUUAUAGUUUGAUUCUUAUACAUUAUUACGUAUUCCGUAUAGUUCCGUUCCGUAAGCCACCGUACUACAAGUUUGAAUAUUCAGUCAUGGCAGCCAAUGGGAAAUUAGCUCUUCUCAGUGUAUCAGACAAAACAGGUCUGAUACCACUCGCAAAAUGUCUCUCAGAGAUCGGCCUAGGUCUCGUCGGUAGUGGAGGAACAGCGACGGCUCUUCGGAAUGCCGGUCUUAAGGUUCUUGAUGUUUCUGAUAUAACUGGAGCCCCGGAGAUGCUCGGAGGACGUGUUAAGUCUUUACAUCCUGCUGUUCAUGCUGGGAUUCUAUCAAGGCUCACUGAAUCCGACCAGGCAGACAUGAAGCGUCAGAAGUUCGACAUGAUAAGUGUAGUGGUGUGCAACCUCUACCCUUUCGUUGAAACAGUGUCUAAACCGGAAGUAACUAUCGCUGAUGCGGUAGAAAACAUCGAUAUCGGUGGAGUUACAUUGCUCAGGGCAGCAGCUAAGAACCACGAUAGAGUUACUGUGGUCUGUGACCCGGUUGACUACGAGAAUGUUAUUCAGGAAUUGAAACAAAGCAAAGAUCAUCAAACUUCUCUGGAAACAAGACAAAAACUGGCCUUAAAAGCAUUCACUCACACUUCUCAAUAUGAUGUACAUAUUUCUGACUACUUCCGGAAACAAUACUCUGCGGGACAAUCUCAACUUACUUUAAGAUAUGGUAUGAACCCACAUCAAAAGCCAGCUCAAGUGUUCACUAUCCUUGACCGCCUACCUCUAACCGUGGUGAACGGAUCUCCGGGUUUUAUAAACCUCUGCGACGCUCUAAACGCUUGGCAACUAGUCAAGGAGCUGAAGGAAGCCCUGGGUCUUCCCGCGGCCACUAGUUUCAAGCAUGUAUCGCCCGCCGGAGCUGCAAUCGGUCUACCCUUGUCUGAGGAAGAGGCGGCGGUGUGCAUGGUGGCGGACGCGCGCGCGCGCCUGUCGCCGCUGGCCAGCGCGUACGCGCGCGCGCGCGGCGCCGACCGCAUGAGCUCGUUCGGCGACUUCAUCGCGCUGUCCGACGAGUGCGACGAGGCGACGGCGCGGCUCGUGUCGCGCGAGGUGUCGGACGGGGUCAUCGCCCCCGCCUACUCGCCCGCCGCGCUCGCGCUGCUGCGCAAGAAGAAGGGCGGCAACUACUGCGUGCUGCAGAUUGAUCCUAACUACACGCCAGACUUGAUGGAACAGAAGACUAUUUUCGGUCUUACGUUAGAGCAGAGACGCAAUGACGCUAAGAUAACUCCAGAUCUCUUCAAAAACAUCGUGACUAACAACAAGGACCUGCCGCCCAACGCUGUGAGAGAUCUCAUCGUUGCAACGAUUGCGUUGAAAUAUACGCAGAGUAAUUCUGUGUGCUUCGCUAGGGACGGUCAGGUGGUGGGCAUCGGCGCGGGCCAGCAGUCGCGCAUCCACUGCACGCGGCUGGCGGGCGGCAAGGCGGCGCUGUGGUGGACGCGCCGCCACCCGCGCGUGCUGCGCACCGCCUUCCGCGCCGGCACCUCGCGCGCCGUCGCCUCCAACGCGAUCGACAACUACGUCAACGGCACCGUCGGAACUGAUCUUCCGCUAGAUCAAUGGAAGAACUUAUUUGAUGGAGAGCCUCCCGCACUCCUCACCGCAGAGGAGAGAGAUGAGUGGGUCAAGAAAAUGGACAAAGUUGCACUUGCAUCCGAUGCUUUCUUCCCAUUCAGAGAUAAUAUAGACAGAGCUGUCCAGUGUGGUGUCGAAUACAUUGGAAGUCCAUCCGGCUCUAACAAUGAUAAAGAGGUGAUCGAUGCUUGCAACGAACACAACAUUGUACUUGCACAUACAAACCUCAGACUGUUCCAUCAUUAAAUUUACCCAUGUGCUGUUUGAGAAAUUUGUGAAAAUUAUAUUUGUUUAUAUCUUAGUAUAGUAAGCAUUACAAGAGUUAUAAACUGUUAAUCAUAAGUUUAUAGGAUAUUUUUAAAAUAAAAAUAUAUUCUCGUGUUUAUUUUAAUAACUAUCGUACAGACUUUUUAUAACUAUAUAUACAUUCCUACUGUCCUUUUGUUACAGUUUUUAAUAAAGUUGAUCUGAUUGAUUA